UCUUUUCUUUUUAGCCAAGAUGGCAGAGGGAGACGCAAAGCCAGUAAAGAAGGAGCGCAAGAGCCGUAACCCGGUUUUGGCCCGGGGCAUCGGCCGUUACUCCCGCUCGGCUAUGUACUCUCGUCGUGCUAUGUACAAGAGGAAGACCAAGACCACUGAGACAAAGGUGGAGAAGAAGCUGAAAGUCAGGCCCCGAGCCACAGUUGUCAAGACUGUUGGCGGUGAUAAGAAUGGAGGCACCCGUGUUGUCAAGCUGCGCAAGAUGCCCCGAUACUACCCCACAGAGGACGUCCCCCGCAAAUUGAAAAGCCACGGCAAGAAGCCUUUCUGCCAGCACAGGAGGCGGCUGCGCUCCUCCAUCACACCGGGCACAGUCCUCAUCCUGCUCACCGGUCGCCACCGUGGGAAGCGUGUGGUCUUCCUGAAGCAGCUCGCAAGCGGUCUUCUGCUUGUCACUGGCCCCCUCGUCUUGAACAGAGUCCCCCUGCGCAGGGCUCAUCAGAAGUUUGUCAUUGCCACCACCACCAAAGUGGACAUCACCGAGAUGAAAAUCCCUAAAACGCUCAAUGAUGUUUACUUCAAGAAGAAGAAGCUGAAGAGACCCCGUCACCAGGAGGGGGAGAUCUUUGACACUGAGAAGGAGAAGUACCAGCUGACAGAGCAGAGGAAGGAGGACCAGAAAGCUGUGGACUCUCAGCUUCUGCCACUUAUCAAGAAAGUUCCCCAGCUCAAAGGAUACCUGCGUGGUACCUUCUGCUUGUCUAACGGCGUGUUUCCCCACAAGCUGGUUUUCUAAGCGUGUUAAUAAAAGUGAAUCUUGCGGCCA